GGAGAGCAGGAGUCGGGGACCAGGGGACGCCGGGCGUUUCUCCUCCGCCGCUGCCGCUCCGGAUGUCGCCGCAGUGAUCCCCUCAUCCCACCGCGGGGCCGAGUUCGGAGCCCGCCGUCCAGAAUGGCCAGAGCACCUCCAAGUUACUGCUUUGUGGCCUUGCCACCCCGGGCUAAGGAUGGUCUGGUGGUGUUUGGGAAGAACUCUGCCCGCCCCAGGGACGAAGUGCAGGAGGUUGUGUAUUUCCCAGCUGCGGACUGUGAGGCCGACAGCAAGGUUGAGUGCACUUACAUUUCAAUUGACCAAGUUCCCAGGACUCAUGCCAUAGUAAUUAGCAGACCUGCCUGGCUCUGGGGAGCAGAAAUGGGAGCCAAUGAGCAUGGAGUUUGCAUAGCCAAUGAAGCCAUCAAUGCCAGAGAACCUGCUGCCGAGGCGGAAGCUUUACUGGGGAUGGAUCUGGUCAGGCUUGGUUUAGAAAGAGGGACGACAGCUAAGGAAGCCUUAGAUGUCAUCGUUUCCUUGCUGGAAAAACAUGGACAAGGUGGGAAUUAUUAUGAAGAUGCAAACUCCUGUCAUAGCUUCCAAAGUGCUUAUCUGCUUGUGGACCGUGAAGAAGCCUGGGUACUGGAGACCGUAGGGAAGUACUGGGCUGCAGAGAAAAUCACAGAGGGAGUGAAGUGCAUUUGCAAUCAGCUUUCACUCACCACGAAGAUGGACGCUGAGCACCCAGAACUCAGGACUUAUGCACAGAGUCAAGGCUGGUGGACAGGAGAGGACGAAUUCAAUUUUUCCCAGGUCUUUUCUCCAGCUGAUGACCAUCUGGACUGUGGUGCGGGCAAAGACAGCUUAGAAAAGCAAGAAGAAACUAUCACUGUGGAGAUGAUGAUUAACAUCUUACGGGACAAAGGCAGUGGAGUCUGCAUAGACUCUGACUCUUUCCUCACCACAGCAAGCAUGGUGUCAGUCCUGCCUCUGAGAAGAAGCUCACCGUGCAUCCACUACUUCACUGGAACCCCAGAUCCUUCCAGGUCCAUAUUCAAGCCUUUCAUCUUUGUUGAUGAUGUAAAACUUGUCCCCAAAACACAGUCUCCCUGCUUUGGUGUUGACGACCCAGCCAAAAAGGAGCCUCGGUUCCAGGAGAAACCAGACCGUCGGCAUGAGCUAUACAAGGCUCACGAAUGGGCACGUGCUGUCAUUGAGAGUGACCAGGAGCAAGGCCGUACCCUGAGGGAAACCAUGCUGGAGCUGGAGAAGCAGGGCCUGGCCGCCAUGGAAGAGAUCCUGAGCAGCCCCGAGCCCCCGGAGCCCUCUGAGGUGGCAGACCUUUUCUAUGACUGUGUGGACACAGAGAUUAAGUUCUUUAAGUGAAGCAAGCAUUUCUUUCCCCUUCUUAUUUAAAAUUAAAAUUUCCCACCCGACUAAAUUACCAGCAGAAAAAACAACACUCUCCUAUUUGAGUAAAGUGAGAACAUUACCAUGUGGCCUCCUUUCCUGAAGCCAGAUCCAACUGUUACCUUGUGUCUAAAUGUCCCCUUUUCUGCCACCUAGGUCCCCUUUGCUAUGUAACACAUAUCCUUCCUGCCUGUUGUUCCAUUGUGUGAUGAAUUGAGGGUUUGGAGCUGCUAUUCUUGUAUUUCAGUGACAAUGGACACAUUAGCCUCUCACUAGUCUACUAACGUUCUUUGAGCCUUGAAAGACAGACUGCUGAUCCGAAGUGGUGGGAAAGGAGUUUCUGAGGCCUAAUCUUUUUCUCAGUACUGAUUUCUUCCAGUUAACAAAAGGCGUUUGUCCCUAUACAGCACUCUUAUAGGUGUAGAAGGGAGAAAUCCCAAACUUCCCUCACUGGAAUGCAGGCCUGGGUGUAUCUAAUAUCCCCACAGGUGUUUCCUGGAAAACUAAGCCCAUGGGAAGGAGUAGAGAGGCCCUUUUGCAUUCCCAGAUCUGUUCCAGUGCCUGUGACCUUGAAGGACCUCUCUACCUUAACUGUGGUAGAUCCAGACCCACUUCCACACACAGGAGCUCCAGCCAUCCAUGUUAGCUGGAACGUACCCAACUUAGAGGUUCCCAGCCAUGCUGUGGCCUUGCAAGGCACUGUGUGGCUUUCUCCACCCAGCACUGCACUCACCCCCUGAAUGUGGCUGUGUGUGGACAUGAUUCAGAGUUUGGCUGCCAACAUCUUGACCAGGAUUUAUUAAAUGGACCUGUGGUGCCCACACAACUGCAAACUCAGCUAAUAAGGAGAACACUGUGACUACUGAGGGUCGCUGGAGAAGCUAGACUCCGAGAAGUCACUACUUUAGCUUGGCAGAGAGUCUGGGCGGUGCUCACUGGUUUCCAACAUGUUCACAUGAAGGGCAGGGCUCCCCACCAAAGCACACCAAGGCUUGCAAGGAGGACCAGGUGGGCAGGCUGGCGACAGAUGGCUUUCUCUGUAAGAUGACAGCCAGCCUUGCCCUUCCACCUAGCCUGCUCGAGCUCACAAGUCAGUAUGUGAAACAACUGACUUCCAGGGUCUCCGCCCUUAGUCCUCAUGUCCCACUUGCCCAGCAGCUGUUUUUAGACUGAUUGCUGAAGUAGGAGGGAGACUGGGUGGGGGAGGGGGACCUUUUAAUGGUGUAUAUUGAAAGUCUUGACUACUCCUGAAGCGGCCAACGGGGCAGAGAUGACCAACAGAAAUGUAUGUUAGCAGAACAGCUAGUGGGAAUGUGCCAUUUGGGUCUAAUUAUGCAUCCUCAUUCUCAACAGGAGUGUGAAAACGCAUACUGUACCAGUGGUCUCAGAAACAGCUUUGGGUUCCUACCUCCUACCCAGCAACAGCAUUUUGGGUUGAGGGCUGGCAGGGCCUGUCACAUCUGUUGACACUGAGAUUAGAGGUUUUAUUGGAGUAAAGCUUGCUUUCCUAUAAACUUUUCUUCAGAGUGAGGUUAAAGGUCCAGUGUGAACCUUUGGUUCACAGAUUUAUUAAAUUCUGUCUUCAAUAUUACAAAAAAAUACAUUGUGUAAGUUAGGCCGAAUUUUCCAGCUAGAGAAAUUCAUGGCAGCAUAGUGGUGGCGUGUCGGCAUUCCACUGCUGGUAAAGUGAGGGCUAUGGGGGACUGGCUUCUCUCAGUGGCCACAGGUACACUGGGAAGAAUGAGGACCCAGCAGAUGGAGUUACCUGUCCACUCCCAAGCCUACUUGCCAGAUUCCUUAACAUGAUGACACAGAGCCAGCCUAAGAUUUUACCGUGUGCUCUCACCUCCACCUGUUAUGCCCGAGCAUCAGGUUUCAUCAGGACUGAUUUCUGAGACAGCCAGGUUUACCAGAAACCUAGUGAGAAUACAUUACAGACUGUUCGUUAUUGUGCAAGGUGGCGGACAGUCGUGCCAGCUUGAUGUCAUUACCCAGUCAUGCUAUGGAAAACACAUUGGCCAUGGCCACUACUGUUAUUGGACAUUGACCUUAGUCCAGAAUGGCAGAAAAUGACUAGCCCUCCUUGAAGGUUGUCUUGGUCAGUACCAGAAACCACAGCUGUGAUGUUUCCAUAUUACCACUAGAGGGCAGGAGCCAUCUGGCCGCCUGACAAGUUAAACUGGACCUGGUUUCUCCUGUCUGGCAAUUGAAGUGGCCUUAGUACAAAGCCUCGUUUUGUGGGCAGAUUCUUUUUGCAUUGGGAUGGGUGUAGACAGACAAGAGGAAAAUAGGUAUUGCUGAUAUGCCUGUAUGAACUUGUAUCUAAAUCAACAGCUGGAAAUGCACUGGCUUUUGAAGAGGCAGCUCUAGGAGAAAUGGGUGAUUUUGAGUGCUCCUAACAAGAGUUUCAUUUGAAGAAAUCCUUCUUCCAUGGAUAAUUUCUUAACCAGGGAAAGGUUUUAUGAGGGCAGCAUGGAGAAGAUGAAUAUUCAGGAUACAAUACAUAUGUAAUGUUUAAAGUUCACUGUGUGUAAAUAACUCCCUGGAACACCACUUAUGCAUCUAUUAAGACUUGGGGUGAGCUGGGCGUGGUGGUGUACAACUUUAAUUCCAGCACUGGGGAGGCAGAGGUAGGAGGAUCUCCAUGAGUUUGAGGCCACCCUGAGACUCCAUAGUGAAUUCCAGGUCAGCCUGGAUUAGAUUGAGACCCUACCUCGAGCCCCCCCCACAAAAAAAGACUUGGGGUGAGGUACCUGUGCAUGUUUUGUGCAGAAACAAGUCAUGGUUGUGAAGGACAGAUGCUCUUCCCGACCUGCCCACAUAAUCUAACACAAGACAGCUAAUUGUCACACAGAUGGGAUUUACAAUAAGUGAAAACAGCCCUUAGAGUUAAGGGCACACAUUGACAGACAGUAAAUUAGCAAAGCAGAAAUAGUCCUUUUUCAUUCUUGAAGUGUCUGGAAGCUUUGGGUAGAAUAAAUAUAUAAUAAAAAUUAUGGUGACUAGUGCCCAACACAAGCCCCAAUGUUAUUAGGAAUCUGCCUUAUAAGCUGACAUGUGGAGCAGGCAUAUGCCUCAUAGGUCUUACUGCUUAGCAGUGAAGCUCCUUUAAUAGAAUCGGAAGGUUAAAAAAGCAGCUGUCAAGCAGACAAGUGACUCUGCAUUCUAGCUGGUGUCAUCCCACAUUUACAGUUUGCAGUCACGUGAGAAUCCAAAUAUGCUGGCUGGAAACUGCUAUUGGCAGGAAAUAACAAAAGAAAACCUUUGUUUCCUGCAGUGGAAACGGACCAUGUAGUCUUAACAGUCUUUUGUAUGAAUAUCCACAAAUCAGAUAAUGUCCCUAUCCAGUGCUUGCCUUUGGAAUUGUCUGUACAUGUACCAAACAUACAAUAAAAAUACUGAAGUUAA